AUGGAAUGUUCCAAAGAUUAUGCCUUAAGGGCUAAAAGGAUGGAAAAGAAGAGGUUCUUACAGGAACAUUUUGGUGUUGCAAAACUACUUGCAACGAAGGCCUGGCCCUGCGAGGUUCAUGGUGCACAGCCCUUGGAUGAUGAUAAAACUAUUCGGAAAUGUUACAGGCAGAUGGCUCUUACUCUGCAUCCGGAUAAAAACAAGUCGGUGGGUGCAAAUGGCACAUUUAAGCUGGUUUCUCAGGUGUGGACUGUAUUAUCUGAUAAAGCUAAGAGAGCCGCCUUUGAUCAAAAGUGCCGCUUAUGGGAGUCCUUCAAAAGGAUUAUUGGUGGUAUACGUAUACCUUGGAAUAGUUUGUUUGAUACUGCUAACCUUGGUGGGAAAUCUUCUGAACCUGCUACUCAGGGUGGUUUGUUUAAGCUGCUAACCGGAAGGACAGAUCUCGCGAGUGGCGCUCAUACCAAUCCUACUCCAAGACCUUUUGUACCUACUAGUUAUAAUGGUUUGUUUAAUUCUCCUAUCGGGAAGGACAUAGAUCAUAUGAGUGCAAUUUCUGCAGGACACACUAUGAGUACUUUGCUGUUUAUAGAAACUGCAAAAUUGUCCUUUUUCUAUGCCGAGUGGCAUUUCCAGUGGACCGACAUCAGUUUCUACGCUUCUGGAGCUCUUGGUCUUUUUAACAGACCAUCUGUGAAUUUGAAGAGAAGGCAUGAAGAUUCGACACCUCUCAUGAAUGAGGAGACACAUUUUGGGAAAACUCAUGUUGUUGAAAGAGCUGUUGCGGGUUCAUAUUUUCAUCCCUCUUGGAAAGAAGAAAAAAAAGGUGCACAGGAGAGUCUUAGAAAGCUUGAUGAGUGGAAGGUAAUUUGUAAGAAGCUUGAUGAACGGUAUCCGUCUUCUAUAUUAAAUAAUACUGGUGCAGAAGUCAAAGUGAAGGAGAAAGAAAAGACUAUUAAUAGUGUGAAGCCUGGUCCAAAAGAAAUUGUUGAUUCUGAAACCAACAACAACUAUAUCACUGCUGAUUCAGAGGAACCUCUUUCUGUCUCAAUGAGUGUUCCAGACCCAGAUUUCCAUGACUUCGAUGGGAACCGAAUAGAGGACACUUUUGGUGAGAACCAAGUGCGGGCUGCAUAUGACGAUGAAGAUGGCAUGGCAUGCUACUAUGCCUUUAUCCAGUGUGAUCUCAAAGAAUCCAUUCCAAGUGAAGAUAACCUGGCUGAGCUCUAA